AACUACAUUGCAAACACUAGCGAAAGUGCAAUCAUCCGCCGAGCUGAUCUCGGCAAAGACUGCCGAAACACAUAGUGCCCUGGUUGCAUAGCAAACAUGGACCGGCUGUCUGGAAACAAUGCAGAGCGAGGAUGAGGAAGAGCAACCCCCGUUUCCAAAGAAGCAACGGCAAUUAACUCCACUUUCCUCAAGCUCCGAUGAACAUGAGCCUUUCUUUGACGUGACUCCAUUGACUGACCUUCGGCCCAGCGCUGUUAGUGAUUUGCGUCAAAGUCAACAUAUUGAGUCGCCCGACAACUGCCACCAAACUUCACAUGCACCGUACAUUGAUCAGUUAUGGAAACUCGCUGAAAUUCUGGGAACAAAUCACAACUUUUACCAGCGACAACGGGGCCGACAUGCCUUAGCAAAACUGGAUUGGAGCUGCGUACCGGAAGAAUUGUACAAACAGGCGGGACUUCCCGAAUUGCCAACCGAAGAAAGGCCUGCGAAGCUCCUACCAAUGAUAGACCUCAACACGGUUUCGCACAUUCUCAACGAGAACUCAACAACGGCGCCAAUCAUCCCGGUACUGGUCGGGUUGCCAGUUGUAGGGAGGAGUCUGUUAGCUCGUCUGAUUCCUGGCCUGUACCGCGCCCACUAUUACAUCGAUUCCCUGACAAUAAUCUCAAUAGUUUCAACAAUGGUCACGUAUUGCCCAACGCCGGCGAGAGGACCUGGAGCCAGGCCGUCGGAAGCACAAGUCCGCCAAUUUUGGGCGAAAAUCUUUGGCAAGGCCGUUUCAUGUCAUACAGCAACGGUCAAGUUAGUGAUGGAAUUCCAACAUCAGCUGCCUGGACAUUCCGGGGAAGGCUCCGCCAGGGGGGACAUUGCGUUAAUUGCAUCUGGCUACGACGGUGCCUUCUUCGCGGGAUUGAUUGCGGAAGUGCAAGUCAACGGGACCGAACGCCACAAAGACAGUGUCGUGGUCGUUUCCGAGGCCGUAUUCGAACUACCCGUGCCAAAGGUCUCGUAUCAUACUCGACCCGGUACUUCCCGCGCUGCGUGAAGCCGGGCACUCUCUUCCAGUGGCGCGACUGGAAGAGAGUGGCGCGACUGCGGGCGAGUAUGAUACGAGACCUUGGCACGAGUAGGACGCAUACUAGCAAACGCGCGGGGGAUAACAACUUCCGAAGUCAACAGCAUCAAACUGUAUGUCGUGCUCAUUAAUGGCUUACAUGUGACGUUCUCCACCAUACGCCCUAUCUAUAAUGAAGCCGACCGGAGCCUUAUCUAUCUACAAGACGCCGCGGUACGCACAUUCGAGCUCGGACCAGCAGCGGAAAGGAUCCAAGAUGCUCUGGAUCUGAUUGUCUUCCUGCGCACUACAAUUAUACCCAACAAUGAUCUUAGAAAGCGGCUUGUAUCGCGGGAAGGUGCAGCGUAUAAUGCAGAGCUCAUUUCUGCUUUGCCGCAACUUCCGGUCCAAGUCGCGGCUUCAC